AUGCACAGAGUCGUGCCGUUACCAGCGCGUCAGCUCUGGGGCCACGCGCCUCGAGUACGGUCGGUCAAUCGCUUCAGUCGUCGCCCACGCACAUUCGCGACGGUGUCUGGCGCAGACCGGCCAUACGAUGUAAUCGUAAUCGGCGGCGGUCACGCAGGCUGCGAGGCCUCCGCAGCAGCAGCCCGCUCCGGCGCCCGAACGGCCCUCAUAACGCCCUCAGUCCACAACCUCGGUGUCUGCUCGUGUAAUCCUUCCUUCGGUGGUAUCGGAAAAGGCACUAUGCUUCGCGAAAUCGAUGCGCUGGACGGUGUCGUGGGUCGUAUUGUGGAUAAGGCGGGUGUGCAGUUCAGGGUACUAAAUAGGAAGAAGGGUCCUGCUGUGUGGGGACCCAGAGCGCAGAUCGACAGAGCGUUGUACAAGAGAUAUAUGAAGGACGAAAUGCUGGCAUACAAGGGGUUGAGCGUUGUGGAAGGUAGCGUGGCGGAUAUCAUCGUGGACAGGACACAAGAGGAGGGAUCCAAGGGCCAAUAUGGAAAGAUUACUGGUGUAAGGUUGGAGAGUGGGGAGAUAAUACCCACAAGGAACGCGGUCAUCACGACUGGCACGUUUCUUGGUGGAGAAAUACAUAUUGGUCUUGAGUCGUUCCCAUCCGGGCGCAUGGGUGAAGCGGCGACCUUUGGACUGAGCAAAAGUUUGAACGAUGCUGGAUUCACAAUGGGAAGGUUGAAGACAGGGACACCACCACGGUUGGACGGGAAGACGAUCGACUACAAAGUUUUGGAAGCGCAGGAGGGCGAUAACCCGCCUAUGCCUUUCAGCUAUUUGAACGAGCGCGUUCAGGUCGAGAACCAAUUACUGAAUCACGAGACACGUACGAACGAAGCGACGCACGACGUAAUAAGAGACAAUCUCGAUAAGUCAAUACACAUCCGCGAAACCGUAAAAGGACCGCGGUAUUGUCCAUCACUAGAAUCGAAAGUGAUACGGUUCGCAGACAAGACAUCACACAUCGUCUGGCUAGAGCCGGAAGGUUUCGACAGCGACAUAAUAUACCCGAACGGAAUCUCCUGUACAGUUCCCGCAGACGUACAAGAUAUCAUGCUCAAGACUAUCAAGGGACUUGAGAACGUCAAGAUGCUGCAGCCUGGCUACGGUGUAGAAUACGACUACGUCGACCCACGGCAUCUUCGUUCUACACUUGAGACGAAGAACAUCUCAGGACUCUUCCUAGCAGGCCAAAUCAACGGCACAACUGGCUACGAAGAAGCAGCAGGUCAGGGUGUAAUUGCUGGCAUCAACGCUGGCCUGAAGAGUCUAGGAAAAGAAGCCAUGGUUCUGACGAGAGCGGAUGGAUACAUCGGCAUCAUGAUCGACGACCUCAUCACAAAGGGUGUCUCAGAACCAUAUCGCAUGUUCACCUCCCGCUCCGAAUACCGGAUGUCUGCGCGCGCCGACAACGCCGACACACGUCUCACAGCUAUGGGCCGAGCCGCCGGCGUAGUUAGCGACCUAAGAUGGAAAGCCUUCGAAGACGAAGCCGAACAAAUGGCCGCUCUGGCCCAAGUCCUUCAAUCCAAAACCAUGGGUUGGACAGACUGGAACAAAGAAGGUUUUCCCGUACGAAACGACAGCACAAAACGUUCCGCAUAUGACCUCCUCCGCCUCCCCAACACCACCCCAUCCAGCCUCACCGCCCUCCUCCCCGAAAUUAAAGGCUUCUCACAACGCAUCCAAGACCGCGUUCACAUCGAAGCCACCUACGCCCCCUACGUCGCUUCCCAAACCGCCACACAAGCCCGGUGGCUCAAAGACGAGAACCUCAAGCUACCAGUUGACCUUGACUACGAAUCCAUCUUUGGGCUUAGCUUCGAAGAAAAGAGGGCGUUGGAGGUAGCAAGGCCGGAGAGCGUGGGCAUGGCGAGACGCGUUGAGGGUGUUACGCCGACGGGCGCGUUGAGGUUGUUGCAGUUUGUGAGGGGAGUGGGCAAGGAAGAGAGACAGGCGAGGAUGAAGGAGGAGAUUGAGGCGAGGAAGGAGAAGUAUAGGGGUAUGGCGCAGGGGGUGAGUGUUGAGGGGUUGUGA